CCUGUAGGUGACAUGCGCAGUGCUGCGCGCGGCUGUGUGCGGUGCUGUCUGUAGUGGAGCUGAACCCGGAAGUUUCCGUUUCCGAUAAUACGGAUAACGUUCCUGUCUUCUAGCUAUAAUGUCGGCAGUGUCGUUUGGCCUCUGAUUCUCGUAGAAAUGAUGUAGACAGGAAUAUCCCCAGCUUUCCUGAAUGAAGCAGCAUGGCGACGCCGCGAGCCGCUCGGUGCCCACGGAGUUUCCUGUAGCAGUUAAAACAAUACGAAGUGGGCGCAGUUCGUCAUGAAGCCGGUGGUUAAGCGAGCCGCACAGAUGGACUUGAGAGCGUUCCCAAAACAAGCCGAGGUGGAGCGGAGGAGCAGGAGGGACACGACGGCCGCUGUUUUUGACGGUCUUCAGAGGAGGUCGCUGAAGAGAAGAUCCGUCACGGAAAAUGAGACCGAAGGGGCCAAGAUGGUUAAAGUUCCCUCUGAUCACGUGGAAUCUGUUGAAACUGUCACUUCUCCUUUUUCAGCAACACAUGUUGCUACUGAGAAAGGCCAAAAGCUAACUAAAAGAAAGAGAAAAAUCACUGAAGACGAAACGGUGACCACAGCGAUUAGCUCCUGCGAAGAUCUCAGCAUGAACGGCGAUGAAGAAUCCCCUAACAAAAUAAGGAGGUUGUCAGAGUCUGGAGAUGGACUGUGUUCAGAUGAAGGUGAAGGUAUGGAGGUCCAAGAUGGAUCCGAGGACUAUGGUGAAGAAACACAUGAGCAGGUUUCUUUCUGCAGUGCUGAAGAUACAGAGGACAAAGAAGCCUUUGGUAAACAUCAAGCUGCUGAUAAGUGUCAAUCCAGAACUGCUGGAAAACUGGAUGACUAUGAACUGGGCAAAAAUCUGAGAAGCAGAUGGAAUUAUACAGAAGUUCAAGGGAGAAGAGAAUCUUCUCAACGGCCAGUACCACAUGCAUCUGAAAAUAUUGUCCAGCCGCGGAAAAACUACAUGGACGCUCUAACACCUAGAUACAGCAUAAAAAAUUACCGGGAAGUGCCUGCAGAGAGAAUAAGAGAUACUGCUACGCUCAAUAAAGUAUAUCCUCUGAAGUUAAACAUCAUUCCUCAGUCAACAAUGUCCAGUUCAUCAAGAUACCAGAAAAGCAAUAUUCCUGUUAGAAAGCCAAGUGUCAGCAGAGUAGAGAAAGGACGCCCGUCAAAGCUCCUUUGGUUACGUUUGCUUCUGCCAAGCGUGGGUCUCCUGUGUCUUCUGAUUUAUUGGUUCAGACUGGAUUUUUACCUUCGCCUGGGAGCUGGAGUGCUUCACAGUGAGAAUUCAACAAGCAUCAGGUUUGAUGACCAGUUUAUGGUUUUGAAAUCACGGUUCCCUAACCAGAGGGAGGAGCUGUGGAGUAGGAGUAGAAUCUAUUUAACAAAGCAUUUACAUGCAGACCCACCUACAGAGCCAGCCAGCAUGAUCCUGACUUCAGGUCGCAGAGCUGAAAAGACCUUACACUGUUUAGCCGUGCGCAUAGCAGAUGCCUUGUCCACCGCCAUCAAUACCACUCUCCUUCAAAUUGACGGGGCCACCCAGGCCUCACAGGAGAGUGACACAGUGAAGUUGGACGUUGAUGAGAGGCUGAGGAGGGCCUUUGAAGGAAACAAGGGCACAGCCGUCAUUCACCGGUUUGAGGAGCUUCCGCCAGGGUCCACGCUCAUCUUCUACAAGUACUGUGACCACGAAAACGCAGCUUUCAAGAACACAUUUUUGAUCUUUACUGUCAUUCUGCCUGUGGAGGAGCUGGAGGGCAAACUGCACCUGAAUGAAGUUGAAGAGAUGGUGCGAGAUCAUGUCCAAGAGAGGUUUCUUUCACAGAGCCAUUCGGCCGCCUUCGAUAAGAUGGAUGUUGAUAAAUUUGGCGGUCUGUGGAGUCGGAUCGCACAUCUUGUCCUGCCUGUGGCUUUGGAGGAAGACGUUCAGCAGGCAGAGUGCCAGAUUUGAAAAGUGGCUUCCACUUCUCCAGUUACAUUUACAUUCAAGAUAAUUGUUACUCAGUUUGAGAGGAAAUGUGUUUCUGUGACGUCCGCUUGCUAAACAGGGAACAGAACAUCUGCGCUGUAACAGAUUGCAAGAGUUUGCUUUGCUUGAAGUAAUGAACCAAAUAUGGAUUUUUGUGUGUUUCUGAGACAAUUCUAUUUAUGUAGAUCUAUUUCUGUACUUGUUUUUACAAAGUUUUUCAGCUGUUUCUAUAUGGAAAUGUUCUUUAAUCAAUGGAAUUAGAAUGCAAAUAUGUAAUGGCAAUUUAUUUUCUAAAUG